AUGGCUACCGCAGCCGACGGGUCGGUGGAGUACUGGCCUUGUUGGCAUCAGGCGAGUAGAUUGAUGUUGCCAGUCGUCACCACUGGCGCCCUUUUGAGUUCGGUCUCGUCAGCUCCUGCAGACCAGGAGAUUGGGAUCGAUGUCGGAUAUCAAUGUGAGCCAACCAUGGGACCGGGAGGGCGUUCAAACCUUCUUGGUGGGGAGACUCGCAGGGCCAUGCCCAAUGCGGCCCUGCAGCCUCCAGUCUACACCACCGUUCCUUACCAAUAUGUUUCGGACUUUGCUCAAGUUCCUACUGCAUUCAUCCCGAACGGAACCCCUCUCUGUGUUCCAUCUAGUAGUGCCUUCGAGUUCUGCGUGCCCGUCAUGCGCUACCAACCUCUCGAUCCUGGUUGGCAUUGCCAGGACAUGCCGUCUCAUCAGCCUUUUACUCAGGGAAACCAGAAUUAUGAUGAUUUGCCAAAUGAACCCGCUCUUGGUGAUGAUGGCUCCGCUACCAUGAGUUCCCCUCACUCUGACAUUCCCCUCCCCGGUGACAUCCCUUUCUCAGGCUUCGACGGCGUGCCUUAUCAGCAUCAGCACUACCAUGAUCUGUCAUUUAUCGAUUUCCCACUGAUUGCGAUGGAUGAUAAUGGCUUCCCAGUAUAUCAGCCGAUGGAGGAAUUCCUGCAACUCGGUGACGACUCAGACCACCAAUACAGUCCGGUCAUACCAUUUUGCAUGUGUCCGGAAUGGCCUGACUCAUCUCAGUCCAGUGUGGACAGCCUCUCCAGCAUUCAGGAUGAGCCUUAUCAAAUGAUCCACCCGGUGCUUCCCGUCGAGAGCGAUUACUUUAGGCACGAAUUCACGGAGGAGUACAGCACCACACCUCCCUCGGGCCCAUCGAGAAAUAGUUCUCGCUCUUCUCGGACAGGGGAGACAAGGAACACUGGUGGUCGUAGCGGACCACUCGACCCCAGUGCACGUGAACAGGCCAGCAAGACUCGCCAAAUCGGAGCUUGUAGGCGAUGUUCGUGGCAAAAGAACAAGUGUGAGCCCGGCCCGGAUGGAACCAACGGUCCGUGCCUGCCUUGCUUCAAGAUUCUUACCAAUGAUUCGAAAAAGGUUGUCCACCGGUUGCCAUGUAACCGAUCUAAAUUGACAGACGCUGUCAUGUUCCGUACCGGCGGACUAAACUUCACGAAAAGGCGGGGAUGGGAGGGCGCCGCGAUGAUGGACAUGAGACCAGAUGACUGGGCGGACGACUCAAUCAUCACAAUCCGCCUAACACUUGGCUAUUGUGAUCAACCUAUCGAGUUGCAAGUCCGCAGGUUCGUACCUCAGGAAGGCGUCGACAUGAUCUCACGCUUUUGGCUGGAUCCACAUGGUCGACAGCAAACGACGAAGAUCGCACCAUACGCGCUGCACAACAUCAAGGCACACAGGGCCGUAUUGGUGUCGCAUGUCAUGGCGAAUGCGUUUCAAGCAAUCAAGCGCUAUGCGGAGAACAAAACCGUGCACCCUAUAGUCACGGAGACCUACAAAGUCGCAUGGGACCACAUGCGAGCAGUUGACUACCAAUCGCCGAGUAGCAAAGUCAAGGCAAAGGAGUUUAUGGAAGAUUUAUUCAAACUGUGGUUUGCCAUGAAGAAUACACUCGGAUCGGCAUGGCUUCUUGGAGACCCUGGUCAAAGAGAGACGCUCUACAUGAGCCCCGACGAAAGAGACGGCCAUCCGUUCCCAGACAAGAUCAGCGCUCCACGCUUGGUCUGCCAGCAGUUUGAUGCCAUCAACUACUGCUCGAUGCUAAACCCUUGGCGAACAGCAUUUUUCAAGAAGUUGGAUCAGAUCAUGGCUGCGAAGAUUGACCCCAAGAUGCUGUAUACUGUUUAUCUUGCUAUCUUCAUCCUGCUCCACGAGGUUUCCAACACGUCAAAAGACCGUUACUGGCACGCCAGACACAAGAAGGAUGUGCAACGACGAUAUGACAUGGAACUCUUCAUGGAGCAGCUUCAUGAUGGCGCCAACCAGCUCUUGUACGCAUGGCACUACUACAAAUGUGGCUUCAACCCCCUUGAUGCCAACCCAAACGAUGCCAACCCUCUUGACGCCGAUUGGGUGAAAGUCACGGAUGAGAGGACGACGGAUAUAUUCAACCACAUGACCACAGACCAAGCAAGAGUGAUGGUUCACCAUGCCAAGGAGAGUAGCAAUGGAACAGUGCCAGAAACGCGCGCAGAAAGGAAGGGCUGGAAUGGGCUCGUCUUCAACCCACAGGAAAAAAGCCCGCUCAUCUGGGAACGUGAUAUGCACUUUGUUUCCCAAAUGUUCAAUGACGAUUGGCAGCAUUCCCGUGUCUGGAGUCGUGCCAUUGAUCAUGGACAACCGCAGAGGCUUUGA